AUGGCGCAAAAGUCGCUGGAGCCGGGGAUGUUGCGCUUGAUCUCCCAUGGCUCAGAUGUCCUGGAGGGUCAAGGGACCUUCCUGAGCUCUGUCAUCAACCUGAGCGCCGCCACCAUGGGGUGCAGCAUCCUCGCCUUGCCGCAAGUCUUCGCCCACUGCGGCAUGAGCUGGAGUAUGGCGUUCUUGCUGAUCUUUUCGUUGUGGGUCGAAUUGUCCUUGCGUUGGUUGGUCGCAUGUGGGCGCUAUAGCGGCUAUCGCGGCUUCAAGGAGAACGCACAGUACUUCUUGGGCGCGUCGUCCGCGAAGCUGGUGCAUCUCUGCCAGGUGCUUUUGCUUUGUGGUGGCAUCGUGAUGAUUUUCGUGACCGCCUGUAGCCUCUUAGGCUGCAGUGCUCGGGAACUCCUUGCAAGCCUUUGUACAGAGGAGGGCCAGCCACAGAAGACGAGAACCUUGGCCCGGCUGUGUCAGGCACACCCUGCUCCUUGUAUGCCACCUGAACGAGCUUUAAGCCUUAUUGUGCUGGUGGUCUUCCCUCUCGCCUGCCAGAAGAGUCUUCACUCCUUGACCAGCAUCUCCAUGAUCAGCUUUGUUUGCUUGGCCUACUUCUUCGGGGUUCUACUCGUGAGACUGGCCCACCGAGCAAUGAGCGCUCCUCUUGAGUUCAUUGACAUGGGCCAGGAGGACAUGCCACUGUUUUGGCAGGGCCCACCAGUGCUACUGAUGUCCUUCCUUUGCCACACCACGAUGCUGCAGUUGGAUGCAGAACUUUGCACAGAGGCCAAAGCAAAGGUCUCUUCGGUGAUCCGCCUCGUGGUGCUGGGCCUGGCUCUGCCGGUCUACGCCACCGUGGGCGCCGGAGGCUUCUGGUUGAAGGGGCCCAAGGUCUCAGCGAACGUGCUGCAGGACUUCACCCAAGACCCCUGGAUGGCAGCAGCCCGCCUCACCUUGGGUGUCAUGAACGUGGCCAAGCUGGCCACCGCGGUGAUCACGCUGCGGGAGUCCUUGGUUUCCUUGGCGCCUUCACGUUUGUGGCGCAAGCGCCUUCGGAGCUGGCACGGCCGAGCCGCCUUGAGCCUGGCGACGCUGGUGCUGGGCGCGGUGGCGGCCUUUGCGAUCCCUUCGCUCACCACGGUGCUUUCGCUCUUGGGCUCCACCGUGGGAGUUCUUUUCAGUCUUUGUUUGCCUGCGGCUCUCUAUGCCAUGCUGCUGCGACGCGUCUCCAGUUUCAAGUGCAAAAGGGACGACUUGGAAGAACCUUUGCUACCUUCGACGCCGGGACGAGCGGAAAGCUGGGCAGAGGGCUCCAUCCAAGUUCCUCGCAGUGACAUGGAAUGGCUGCGACAAUGGCUUCUGUGUGGCGUGGUUUUCACCGGUGGCCUCUUCGUAGGAGGUGCGGUGCCGUCACGCGAUGACGACGGUCGAGACUGGGCCACUGCAGCUUCCUCGUAUCAGACCUCGUAUCCUGGGGAUGAACCCUCGCGGAGUGAGAUCCCAGUUCUGGACUGCAACUCCUCGGUGUGGGUGACCAAGGAUCAACGAGAAGCAGGUCUCAAGUACCUGGUAGAGAAACAUGCCAGGCAAGGUGCGGCCAUCACCGCCCGGACUCUCUCCGGUCUCAUGGCCAACGGAGAGGAGGAGGCCAAACGAGCCUCGGAGAGGAAACGGCAACGGGAGGGCGAAGUGGAUGAGCUUAAGGCCGAGAUGGCCAAGCUCGAGGAAACGGCGCAAGCAGCAGCGCCUAGCCGCUGGCUGGCACGACAGGCGGAGGCAGCAAAGGAUGCCAAAGCCAAGAAGCCCAUGAUCGCCGGCGGCCUCAGACGUGACUACCGACGGCGACAGACGGGCGCGACGGGGGACAUAGCGCUGGCCUGGCGACAGAGUGUGGUCAAGAAGCCAAAGCUGCACGAAACCACGGAAGAGGAUCCGCCGAGCUCCGCGAGCGCACCGUUGGAGUCGUCGGUGACAGAGGCGGCGCCAGAGGCCGGCCUUUUGGGUGGCUACGAGAGCGAGGCGCACGCGCCAGAGCGUGAGGGGCGGGGGGUGCGCGGUGGUCGGAGAACGGUGGCAUGCAGCAGAGGCGACGAGAGGUCUGAUCCGGAGGGCCAAGGUGCCUUGGAGGAUCAAGUGGUCAAGUCUGGCGACUGGAGGUCUUCUGUGAUCGGCCGAUCGGGCGGCGCGGACCGGGCGGGCGGUGGAUGCCCAGGCGGAGCACGAACUGGAGAGGACUGGAUCCCAAGUCCUCAAGCAGAUGAAGGCACCGGGACCGACGUUCAGCAGGUGCAGCACAGGCUGACACAGCUGCAAGAGCAGGUCAAGGAGCUCUUGGCCUCAGUGGAAAGCCAGCAGCGCCUCCCAAGCCUGGUGGAACAGCAGAAGAUCGCCCGGAAUCUGGGUGAAGAUCUCAUGGAAGAGAUGUUGAAGUUGGACUCCUUGGGCAACCUUUGCGAGGACGACCGCCAGGUGCGGAAGAAGGCCCUGGCUGACCUAGAGUCCUUGGUGGAGCAGGUCGAUGCUGCCAAGGCGCUCCUGCUCCAACAGCGCCUGCAGCUCGAGGCGGCAGAGAAGGAGACUGUCGCAAGCACUUUGGAGACGGCCUUGGACCGUUUGGCUGAGAUCAGGCUUCCGUUGGACUUGGAGACUCAGACUUUGGAGGACGCCUAUGUGGUCACCGGCUUCGCGCGGGGCUUGAGACAUGAGGAUCUCCAUUUGGAGCUCGGCCGAUCGGGGCUGCUGAUCCGAGCCUUGCGGAUGCCCACCCCAGAGGAGUCCUCCUUUCUGCAACGAACUCUGCGGAGCCCACCCACCUUAGCGGACUACCUCGCGGUGGGUCGAGGCGUUUUCGGUCGGGUGGAGGAGUCGCUCCAAAUACCCAUGGACGUGGAUCGCUCCAGGAUCCAGGCCACCUGCAAAGAGGGCCACCUCCGUAUCCUCUUGCCGCGCCGUCUUAGUCGCUAG